CUUCGAUCACUAUGUCAAUCGGGAUGGCGGUGACACCAACGAAUGUGCGACCCUCGAAACGUCAGCGGACUUCCGAUGCCUCCUCAAUCGGUGGGCUCCAGUGUCAGGUUUGCCACCGGUCAUAUGAACGUGCCGACCACUUGAACCGACACUUGGAUUCACACCGCAAUGAGCGUUCUUUUCGUUGUGAGGAGUGUCCUGCUGCGUUCAAUCGUAGAGACUUGCUACUCAGGCAU